AUGUCCCUGAUGAAUCAGGGGCACCCCGACAGGCUGACCGCAUCCUGGGGAGCUGCAGCAGGGGGCCGGGACGGCUACAUGCUGACCCUGUACCACGCGGGAUCGGGUGCCAUGGCAGCGAGGGUCUCUGUUGGGAAGGACACCCACAAUUUCACCUUUGUGAACCUGGCCCCAGGAAGCCAGUACCUGCUAGAGCUGGCUUCCACAGCUGGGCCCUACGGGAUGUCUGCGGGGAACGUCAGCGACUGGACAUACCCUUUGGCACCCCCUAAUGUGUACCUGACAAACCAGGGGCGCCCCGACAGGCUGAGUGCGUCCUGGGGAGCAGCUGCCGGGGAGCGAGAUGGCUACACGCUGACCCUGUACCACGCUCGAGUGGGCACAGUGGCAGCUAAUGCAUCUGUGGGGAAGGAUGCCCACGAGUUCACCUUCUCAGGCCUGGCUCCAGGACACAAGUAUUUGCUGGAGGUGGCCUCCGCGGCUGGGCCCUACCGGACGUUCGCAGGGAACAUCAGCGACUGGACGACGCCUGACCCAGUGGAAGAUCUGCAGUGCCACCCUGACUCCAAGGGCUUUUCCCUGAGCUGGACCUUCCCUGCUGGAGACGUGGAGGCCUGCGAGCUGGCGGCAGAGAGGCUCGGGGGCCCCCCCCAGGCUGAGGCUCGGGUGAUCGCUCCCAGGAACAAGACCAGCCUGUGGGGUUUGGAGCCAGACUCUUCGUACCGAAUCAGCGUGAGCGCAGUGGGCAGGAACGGGCUGAGGAGCCGGGCUGUGACUCUGGUCUGCAACACGUCAGCAGAGGUUCUGCCUCCGCCGCUACGAGCAGACGUUCCGCAGGUCGAGCCUGGCUCCAGAGUUCUCAUCUCCCCUGAUACAUUCAGUGAGGAGAAUGGCCGGAUCGAGUACUACGCCGUCAUCGUCACCAGCAACGAGUCGUUGUCGAGGCCCACCCAGGAAAUCGUGUCCAGCACCUGGUACGAUCACUAUUACGGAGAGGAGGACUCCUACGUGGCUGUGCUGCUCCCCAAUCCUUUCCAUCCAGACAAGAGGAGCACUCCCCAAACCUGGUCCGUGCCGGUGGGAACGGACAAGUGUGGUCAGUCCCGGGAGAUCUGCAAUGGGAAGCUGAAGGCAAAUGCUCAAUACAGGUUCAGCAUUGCUGCUUUCACCAAAUACGACCUGGUGGAUCCUUCUGUGUCCUUCACGGCGUUUUCAGCGGCUGGAGCUGGCGCAGACCCCAGUCCUGUUACCGUGCCAGUCGUGGCUGGGAUUGUUGCGGGCUUUCUACUGACACUUGCGGCGAUUUUCGGAUGGGUCUACUGGAAGCGGGUCCGAACGAAAAGAACCAAGAAGAGUAACUUAUCACAAGAAAUGGCCACGUACAGCUUGAGAAAUGUCCACCGGCCGAUCCCCAUCCAGAGCUUCAAGCAGUAUUACGAGGCAAAGAUGGCAAACGCCAACCACGGCUUCUUCCAGGAGUUUGAGGAGCUGAAGGAAGUGGGAAAGGAGCAGCCUAAGGUGGAAGCAGAACUUCCAGCCAACGUGUCCAAGAACAGAUACCCCCACGUGCUGCCCUACGACCACUCAAGAGUCAGGCUGAGCCUGCUGCGGGAGGAGCCCCACUCCGACUACAUCAACGCCAACUACGUCCCCGGCUACGCCUCCCCACAGGAGUUCAUCGUCACCCAGGGGCCACUGAAGAAAACCAUUGAGGAUUUCUGGAGGCUGGUGUGGGAGCAGAGCGUCUGCAACAUCAUCAUGCUGACAGUGGGCAUGGAGAACGGACGGGUGCUGUGUGAUCACUACUGGCCCUCAGAGUUGUCUCCGGUCUCCUACGGACACAUCCGCGUUGACCUGCUCUCCCACAGCAGCGCUGACGAGUGGACCACACGCACGUUCAAGCUCUGGCACGAGGACCUACAGGAGGAGAGACGUGUGACCCACCUGCACUACACGGCAUGGCCUGACCACGGCAUUCCCGAGUCCACGGCUUCCCUGAUGGCCUUCCUGGACCUGGCCCGAGGCCACAUGCAGACGGCCAAGGGUUCUGGGCCAACGCUGGUGCACUGCAGUGCAGGGGUGGGCCGCAGCGGCACCUUCAUCGCCUUGGACCGGCUGCUGCAGCAGCUGAAGCAGGAGAAGGCAGUGGACGUGUUCAAUACCAUUUACACCAUGCGGAUGAGCCGCUACCUGAUGAUUCAGACGCUGGGCCAGUAUGUUUUCCUGCACAGCUGCAUCCUGGAGAAGAUCAUGGAGGAGCUGCUCUUGGGCCAGUCUGGGACGGAGAUCUCCUGCCCGAUCCCUCUCAAAAGCUUCCUGCAGCACCAUGCCCAGAAAUCAGCCAAGUCCAAUGCGGGCUUCCUGCGGGAGUAUGAGAUCCUCCUAGAGGUUGCGAAGGACAAAGCCAGCUCUGCAGCACCAUCUGCAGGCAUCCAGGAGAGCCGCCCUGGCUCCAGCAUCCUCCCAUAUGAUCGCUCCAGAGUGAAAUUUUUGCCGCUGGAACAAGGCCCCUUCUCGGAUCUCAAACAGACCUGGCUCCUCCCGGGCUGCAAUUCAUCCAGGGAUUAUCUGGCUGUGCAAGGACCCGACAAGGUGACCACUGAGGAAUUCUGGCGCUUGGUGUGGGACCAUGGUGUCCACACCAUAGUCACCCUGCUUCCAUGCCAGGAGAAGGGCCAGGUCCUGAGCGAGGCAUGCUGGCCCCUGGAGGGCAGUCCACUCUACACAGAGAUGUUGACCAUCCAGCGGGGCCCGGAGAAGCACAUCUCGGGAUGGAGGUGCAUUCAGCUCAAACUGAAACACGAGAAGAAAGUGAAGGAGAGGCAGGUGCAGCGAUUCCUGUACCCUCUGUGGGGGUGCCAGCAGCAGCCAGAUGUCCAACCCCUGGUGGAGUUCCUCACCGCAGUUAGACGGUGCAUGCCACACAGGAAGCGAGCCGGCCCGCUGCUCCUGCACUGCAGCAGUGGCGUUGGCCAGAUGGGGAUGCUGAUCGCACUGGAUUGCCUGCUGCACCAGAUGAAAGCGGAGCGGAGUGUGGAUGUCUACGGAGUCACCCUCAGGCUGAUGAGAAGCUGCUGCCUCAUGACCCCGACGCCGGAUCAGUACGUGUUCUUGUACACGUGCAUCCGGGACAUCCUCACCCAGAGACAGCCCUAGGAAGAGCACAGCAGCUCCUGCCCCCGAGAGAGCCUGGCACUGGGGGCAGGCUGAGGAGAGCGCAUCGCAGGGCUGUUUGCACAAACCUGACUGAAGCUCCCUCCGGAGAGAAGGGGACCCACCUGGGGCAGAGGCACCAAUCAGCUCCCCACCCCUUGAGGCCAGCACAGAUGAGGAGCUAAGGCUGGGUUAGCCUGCAUCAGUGGUUCAGAAUCUCGGACUCUCCUGGUCUCUUCUCCCAAGACGCAGUGGGAGAGCCUAUUGCACAUGCAUUGUCUGCACCAGCCUCCCCCAGGGAGUGCCUUUCUGCUGCCCACAGUGCUGCAGCCCACUCAGCCUGCAAGCACCCAGUGCGGGGCACGGGAACUUGUCCAGGAUUCAAAGAUUUUAGCGGGGCUGCAUCCCUGCUGCCCGGGAUUUCUGGGACUCUGGAAGGUCCAUGAAUCCAGUCACCGUAGCACUUGCUCUGGCAUCCUGCCAGCCUCCGUACUGCCCUCCCUGCCCCGCUGAGUACAGGACAGAAUACAUGGGGCGCCCUUUCUGCCGUGCCUGGCUCAGAGCCGGCAUGUCCUACUGAGCAGGCUGCUGGGUGAUGCUUAUUUCCGUCUGGCAGGAGGGUUGGGAGGCCCAAGCGCUACGCACUGCUUCUCAGAGCGUCGAGCGGAUGCUCCAGGUGUGCUAGUACCUUUGGGAGACUCUGUGACCCAGGGCUGAGGACCAAGCAAUGUGUAUGAACAAUAAAGAAAACAGCCCUAGAAGCCAGUGUCCUCUAACGAAUGGUAGGUUUUACCACACGCCCUGGCCUGGCCUGCGACCUUCCAGCCAGCUGGACUGGAGGGCACCAUCCCCAAAGGGCAGCCGUGCACACCCGCCAGGUGCAUGCCGUUCGGCUGGCUUCCGAGCGCUGCCCCUUCGUGCCGGCUGUCCUAGCGCAGCUAGAGCCCAGCAGCUCGGCUCCGAGAGCUGAGUCCCAACCGCUAGAGCAGCAGACCUCUGCAAACCCUUGGGACAACCCUUCACAUGGACUCUCGUCUCUCCUAGCUGGGAGAACAGGGGCAGGACUCCUGCCCCCCGACAGCAUCCCGUCACCCCCGCAUUUAUGCAGAGCCCGUGAGUAGGGGCCAAGGCACGACAGCAAAACCAGGAAUAACAAUCAAAUGAGAAGACCCUUGCUGGCCAGUCACCCUCCAUAUAACCCUGUCUCUAAGGCCUGGUAGUUUAUGUGGGGGAAAAACAUUAUCCAUUAAUUCAGCCUCAGCGCACUACUACCCUCUACUGGGGGAGCAUGUGUAUCAGCCAUGUCCUCCAGUGGUUGCGCUAGAGGAGCUGUCUCUUCAUCCCACUGGGAUGUGGGGUUACAUCAACAUACCACCCCCGCAACGGGACCUUAACUCUGGCCCCUGGAGCUGGCGAUACCCCCACGGGGUGCCAGUAUUGGGGGUGCCAUAAGAAAUAGGAAGAACGACUGAGAAGUUUGUCUUGAUUCCAAUUGCAGCGUGGACCUGCACGCACUCAGCUGUGUUCACUGGGGCUGGGGCUGGCACCACUGGGCAACCGGACCUGAGCGUAAAUGAAGUUUUUGGACAAUACA